GAGCAGUUUGCUACUGAAAAAAGGAAUAUCGUGGCCCUGCUCAUGGUCCUGUGCACUUCCCUCGUCUGCGCGGCGGCGGCCGAGGCGGUGGCAGCUAUCCCGGUGGUCAGAGGCGACACCAGGAGGUCAGAGGCAGAGCUGAAGGCGGAGGAGGCGGAGCAGGCUGCGGCGCUCGAGGAGAAUACGAGGCUGGAGGUUGAGGCAAAGCGCACGCCGGAGGGAUAUACGUCGUCGUCGGUGGAGCCGUCGCCGCCUGCAAACGAGGAGGAGCCGCCGGAUCAGUUUGUGUGCCCCAUCACGACGGAGGUGAUGAGCGACCCGGUGAUGGCGGCUGACGGGCAGUCGUACGAGCGGUUGGCGAUCGAGCGCUGGCUCGCGACCAAGCAGACGAGCCCUCUGACGGGCGGGGAGCUCGACCACAGCUUCUUAGUACCUAAUCACCUGCUGCGAAGGCAGAUUCGAGAGUGGCAGGACGCGCGAUAUGCCUUUAUGUUCUUUGCCAGCGCCGCGCGGCACGCCGCGCUGCAAUAGAGCUUGGGCAAACCCCAUGCACAAUACCCAGCUGCGACAUCGCUGGCGCACGGACUCUAG